GAGCUCACCAACGGGAAAAAGAAAAGAAGCUCGCGUGGAGUGAAGACACUCAGCCACAGUGCUGAGGCGCGCGUGCCUCUCUGCUGCACCAUAUUCCUCCUCGUGGAGUUUGAAAUAUCCGCUGAUUAGCACAACACAAGGAUAGGAAAUAUUUGUUUCUACAAAAAAAAAUAUAUAAUAAAUGAAUAAAUAAACGAAUUAAUAACUAAAAUGACUACAGAUCAAGAAUCAACACGCAUCGUUUAGAGGAAUCCGGCGGAUUUUUGUCUGACGCGCGCACGGGAGGCGGAUAAAAAAAAGCGCAAGGCACGAGCGGAACAUUUUCGGAAGUUUGUGGUAACCGGAUAUAUAUAUAUACAUUUUUUUUUGCACGAUGCCGCGUAACUCCCCGGCUGUGUGGCUCGGCGUGUUGGCGCUGGUGGCGCUCACAGACGCGCAGAACGACACGGAGCCCAUUGUGCUGGAGGGGAAAUGCCUGGUGGUGUGCGACUCGAACCCGGCUUCAGACGCCAGAGGCUCUUCUUCUCCGCUCGGCAUCUCAGUGCGCGCGGCCAACUCCAAGGUGGCGUUUUCAGCCGUGAGGAGCAACAACCACGAGCCGUCAGAGAUGAGCAACAAAACGCGGAUCAUCUACUUCGACCAAGUCCUUGUCAACAUAGGAAACUAUUUCACAUUGGACUCUGUAUUUCUGUCCCCUCGCAAAGGCAUCUACAGCUUCAACUUUCAUGUUAUUAAAGUAUAUCAGAGCCAAACCAUACAGGUGAACUUGAUGUUAAAUGGAAAGCCAGUCAUCUCUGCCUUCGCAGGUGACAAAGACGUGACACGGGAGGCUGCUACCAACGGUGUUCUCCUCUACCUGGACAAGGAGGACAAGGUUUACCUGAAACUAGAGAAGGGAAAUCUAGUGGGUGGGUGGCAGUAUUCCACCUUCUCUGGAUUCCUCGUAUUUCCUCUGUGAAAAAGGGGGCGUGACUGCCAGCUUUCCCAUGCGUCAACAGCGUAUCACCAUUGUUUAACCGAUCUGUCAGCAUUAACAGGAAGGGCCUGGACUGGAGGCAUUCCUCCAAACGCUCAUUCGUUCACUGUUUGCCCAAAGUGUGAAAAGGACCUUUGGAGAAAUAUCGUUGUGGCAUGUGUGUUCCUUUUUUCACAAUGCAAAGACACAUCUAGGGACCUGCUGUUGCCUUCAUAUAUUUAACGAAUUCAACUGAAGUGUUUAGUGUCUUUCAAAGCUGUGGAUUUUUCGUACCAUGUGUCAAAUAUUAGUCACUUUUCUGAUGUCUGUAGGGUCAGUCGGUGUCAUUCGUAUCUGCUCACACAUUAACUGUUUGAUAUGAUAGCACUUCUUUUCUAUGGAGAAUUCAGGGGGCACUAAAUUUCCUUUUACUGCUUACACAUCUCUAGCACUCGAGAAUAAAUGAAUAACAAUGUAUACCUAAACUUAACCUAAACUCAGCAAAUAUGGGGUCAAUAAAACUGAUUUGAAUCUCC